UCUUGGCACCAUAUAACCUGCACAGAGGCAACCAAAAGGAUCAUCACAAGCCAAAAAAACACACAAAACAACAAAGGCAGCCAUUAGCAUUACCAGAAAUUAACGCUAUGCUCAAUCUCGCAAAAGCCUUCUUCCCCCAGCCCCCUUCUCUCUUCCCCAUUUCCUCGUCUAAAGUCUCACGGGUCUGCUUCACUACCUCUGCCUCCAAAUAUAACGAGGGACGGCAUGCAGCGGAAGAUGAUAGAGACCGAGCGGCAGAUUACGCUAAGAGAGCGAAAGAAACUGCAAGUGAAACCUUUGACAAAACCAAAGAGCGAACGGAGAAGGCGAAAGAAAGCACCAAUGAAAUGAAAGAGAAGGCAAAAGGGAGUGCAGAGGAGAUGAAAGAGAUGGCGAAAGGGCAUGCACAUGAGACAAAUGAAAGUGCCAGAGACAUGGCACAGUCUGCUGCUGAAAAGUUUAAAGAAGGUAACUACAAGGCAGCGGCGACAGCGGAGAGAACGGAAGAAAAAGUGAAAGAUUAUGCAUAUGAAGCGAAGGAGAAGACUAAAGAAGGGACGGAGAGAGCGGCGGGUACUGCGGGAGAGGCAGGGGAUAUGGCAAAGGAGGGGGCUGUUAAGGUGGUUGAGACGGUGGAGAUUGUGGGAGAGAUGGCGAAAGAGACGGUGAAAGGAGCAUGGGGUGCUGCGGACGAAACUACACAGAAGAUAAAAGAGACUGUGGUGGGCAAAGAUGAUGAUGAUGAUGAUGAUGAUUAUAAGAGGGAGAAGAGUUUGGAGUACAGGAGGCGUGCUGCUUCCGGAGAGUGAUGAUGAUGUGAAGAAGAAGAAACAUUGAGAGAGGGUGGUGGGUUGGAACAUCUUGUUGCGUGUUUUCGACAGUCGUAAAAAAUAAGUUAGUUUAAUUACCAAAUGGAAAUGGAGUUUUAUGUUCUCCUUAAUUUAGUUAACUUUUUCUA